AUGCCAUUAUCAUUUGAUUGGCCGUUUCCGGAAAGACCAACUAGAUCUUAUAAUGCACUAUCGACAGUGACGAUCGGACUUGUCGGCACAAUUAGUAGGAUUUGGAUGAAAUAUUUUACUUCAGUACGAAUUGCAAACGGUGACACUCUACUCAAUGCUGUUCUUCAUCGUGAUCCAAAACGAGCAUUGGUUACGGCAACGAAUCAUUUUUCUUGUUUGGAUGAACCAACGUUGAUCGGAGCUACUAUGCCAUAUCGAGUUCUUUGGAAUCGUCAACGAAUGCGUUGGGCAUUGGGCGCUGAUGAUAUUGUAUUUACAGUAAGAAAACAUCAAAUUUUCUUUAGUUUGGGUAAAACAAUACCAAUAAAACGCGGUGAUGGUGUUUAUCAACGGUCAAUGGAUUUUGCAUUAGAAAAAAUAAAUAAAGGUGAUUGGGUACAUAUAUUUCCUGAAGGAAAAAUAAAUAUGACAAAAGAGUUAAUAAGACUUAAAUGGGGUGUUGGUCGACUUAUUGCUGAAGCCAAUAUAUGUCCAUUAGUUGUUCCAUUCUAUCAUCUUGGAAUGGAUUCUGUAUUACCUAAUGUUGAACCUUAUCGUCCUAAAAUGGGACAAAAAGUAAGCAUCUACAUUGGUGAACCGCUUAUCUUCGAUGAUCUUGUAAACAAAAUGAAAAAAGAAAAUCGAUCAUUGCAAGAAAUACGUAAAGCUGUCACUGAUGUAAUACAAAAUGAAUUUGCUAAAUUAAAAUCGAAGUGUGAAGAAUUACAUCGACAACAUUUGGCAGGAGAUGCUUCGUCAUCAUCAUCAAAGAUAUAA